AUGCAAAUGAAGGCGCAGGCUGAAGGAACGAAGGGCGAGAAAACAUCGGACAUCCAGGUCAGGGAUGCAGUACUUCUAAAACAAUAACCCAGCACCAAAACCACACCACCUUUUCACAGAGAGUCCCUAGAGGUCCGAAAGGGAACACAAGUGGUUGCCAAGCGGAGAAAUGGCAGAUCAAUGGCACAUUUUAAGAAGGUAGACUACCUGACUUCUGAGGAAACAGGCAGCUGGAAGCCGAGGCCAGAUACCAGUCAACAAGAACCGCCUAACCCCGAUGCAGACCGUCACUGAGCUACCACGGAUGGAGGUACAGUUACCGGAGUUUGACUACUCGAACACUCUGGUCAGAAGGAACUCGUUCAAAGAGCGCCCAGCAGAGCCACCUCACCCCUGCUUCAGGAAACCAGGGGACGGACCAGGGGACGUAGCUUUAGACCUCGAGGGCGCGCGGGCGAAAAUCUCAGGUAACAAAUAUCUGGAGCACGUGUUACCUGACAAAAUCUAG